UCCAUCGCUCUCUCUCACUACAAACGGACACUAGCUAGGUGUCCAAUAACACUCAUAGACGGAGGGUUAAGUAAUUAAGAGCCAUGGAUGAAUCUUAACCCAAAAGACGAAGAUAAACCUCUAGAGAGAGAGAGAGAGAGAGAGAGAGUCGAAGGCAAACCUCUAGAGAGAGAGAGCAUUAUUGGUUUGAGAUGCUAUUUUUUCCUCUCAGAUGUUGAGAAAGAGAGAGGACGGAGAUGGGUUUUGAGGUUUUAGGUGCCGCUGCGCGCAGAGAGCGUGGAAGACACGAGUAAGUGAGAGAGCAAAGUGAGAGAGAGAGAAGAGGAGAAGAGAGAGAGAGAGAGAGAGAGAGGGGCUUGUGAUGCUGGCAGUAAGAUCUCUGGCGAGUCCCUAUGACAAGAGAGAAGAGGAAAGGUGCAGUGAUGGAGAUGAAGAGAGAGAAGUUGAUUCGAGUUUUUUGGUUUUGGAGAAUGGCUUGGUGUUUGACGAUCUAUUCUUCGACAUUGAUGAUACAGAUAUAUUACCGGAGCUUGAAUUGGAUCUGGAGAUGCUUGCGGAUCUCUCAUCCGACGAUCACCAGUUUCUCUCCCUCCAAAAACAAGAAGAGGAAGAUGAAAACCAACCAUCUUUCUCUUUCCAAGAAGAAGAAAACCACCCAUCUAUCUCUCUUCAAGAACGACAGAACCCAACUUUCUCUCUCAAAAGAGAAGACAGCCCAAGUUCUCCUCUCCAAAGGGAAAAGCACACAACUUUCUCUCUCCAAAAAGGGGAGCACCCAAUUCCCCCUCCACCAUCACCAUCGCAACCACAAAACUCAUCAGAGGAUUCAUCAUCUCAAAAAACAGGGAAAAAGAGCCGGUCUUCGUCAUCGUCCUCGGAGGUAGAUAAAUCACAAAAAUCUAAAAGAGGAGCUCAAGGGAAGAGAAAGGUGAAGGUGGAUUGGACGCCUGAGCUCCACAGGCGGUUCGUUCAGGCGGUGGAGCAGCUGGGUGUGGAUAAGGCGGUGCCCUCGCGAAUAUUGGAACUGAUGGGCAUUGACUGUCUCACUCGCCACAACAUCGCCAGUCACCUUCAGAAAUAUCGGUCACACAGAAAGCAUCUACUGGCAAGGGAAGCUGAGGCAGCAAGUUGGAGCCAAAGGAGACAAAUGUAUUGGGGAGGAGUUAACAAUCACAACAUCAAGAGAGACUUCCUCUCUCCUCUCUCUAACCAUAACCCCCAUGCUUGGCCAAUUCAUUCCAUCGGAUUCCCACCUCCUCAUCUCAGGCCUUUGCACGUGUGGGGACAUCCGACCGUCGAUCCAUCACAUGUUUGGUCCAAGCACCUUGUUCCUUCGCUCUCUCCUCCUCCUCCUCCCCCUCCCCCGCCUUGGCCUCCACAUGCACCACCACCACCAGCCGAAGCCCCACCCUAUUGGCACCCCCACAAUCUCACCGGGACCAGCGGCCCUACCCCAGGGACGCCUUUCUAUCCCAUGAGGUUUCCGGUAACGCCUGUUCAAGGAGUUCCGCCUGCGGGCGUAGCUUUACCACCUGCACCCGCCGACCCUCUUAUGCAAUUCGACCUUCACCCGUCAAAAGAAACUAUAGAUGCUGCCAUCGGUGAUGCUUUAGCAAAUCCAUGGCGUCCACUUCCUCUUGGAUUGAAGCCUCCAUCUUUGGACAGUGUUAUAGUUGAACUACAACGGCAAGGGAUAUCUAAGUUACCUCCAGCUUGUGUUUGACAAGACAAACAAGUAGCACCAACUGAUAUUCCCUUUGCUCCGAAAAUUCGACGACAUGUCUCGGUUCUUCAUACAUGUUUUUUUUCAGUUUUUUGACCACCCAACUUACUUCCUUACCAUUUCAAAACCUUUGGUGAUUUCACUACAAUUGUGUACAUUUUGGCAGCCCUAUGAUCCUUAUAAUGAGAAAGUAUCCCAACGGCUUAUCCUCUGGGCUUUUUUUCGAGAAAAAUUGGCAAAAGAGUCCAACCAUUUCUCGUUUCGUGUGUAUCAUCCUUGCACAGUGGCCGUAUUUUUAUCAUAUGUCUCCGAAGAGAUUUCCGUUUU